AUGUCUUAUAAUCCUAAUUUUUAUAAUAAGUUUCGUAGAAAUAAUGCUACAUUCCAUCAUAAUUUUCGACCACAUUUUGUACCACCCCCACCUGCACCGCCGCCAUUUUUUAUUCCUCCAACUCUGUCAUCAGAAAAUAUCCCAACCGACCAGGAGUUUUUAAAAGGCUUUGAGCCCCAUAUUUCUGUUGGGAAAAGCCCAGUCCACAAUAAAAAAAUAUCCAUAUCUGAAGUUCGAGAGAAACUGCACACAAUAAUUUUGUCUCUAAACAAUUUGAAAGCAAAAGACAAAAUGUUGACAGAAAAUAUCAGUAAACUUUCUGAUGAAGAAUGGAGUUCACAUUUUAAGCAAAUUGAAGAGAAGAAAGCCUUUAUUGAUUCCACAUUGACACAGAUCAAGGGUCCUAGUUUAGAUGUUUUGCAGAAGCUUUUAGCAAAAAGAGUAGCGAAGAGGUUGCGUCUGAAAAGAGUGCGCUCUGAAAUUAAAAAAGAAAAGGAAGAUAAGUGGAAGGAACAAAAAGAAAGAUCCAGAAAAAUUGAUGAGAACUUGCAAAGGAUAAAAGAUGACAUCAUUAGAGCUCAACAGGAACAAGAAGCAAAGCUAGAAGCCGAUGUGGUGUUGAAAGAAGUUAUGCGUAAGAAGAAUGAUGCCAAGAAGUGUAUAAUGAAACUGGACCUGUUAGUAAAGCUUCGCAAGGCGAGGCAGAACACUGCAAAGGGCAGAGGAGAAACUGUUCCUGAGAGUGAAACUGUUGCGUUUCAUGCUGGCAUUGAGACACUGAAGGUUGAAUGGACUUACAAACUCUCUGCUUAUGAAGCUGAAGAAAUUGAACUACGUGCUAAGCUUAAAGAGGAUUCUGGCCAACAGGAUAUGCUUACAAACGCAACAGAGAAGGAAGUUGCAAACAAUUUGGUGAAGUGGAGGGAAACACUCUUUGGUGGGCAAUUGCCUCAGGUGGAUUUAAGAGGGGAUGUUACGAGAUUUAUAGCUGUCAGAUCACAGUGGGAUCAGUAUGUAAGUAGUGAAGGUACCGCACUGCCUAUAGGAUGGGUGCCCCCUGCGAAAAAGGUUGACAGCUAG